AUGGUGAAACACAUCUUAGGAAUCACUUUAACAAUACUUUUAUCCGUUACAUCUACUCUCCAACAAUGUGCUACAAACGAAUAUUAUUCGUUAUGCGGUACAAAUUGUAGGGAAUAUUGCCAUUGGGAUCCAUCGGCGAUCUCGUGUCUUUAUGAUUGCAACGGUCAUUGUUUUUGUAAUCCCGGAUACGAGCUUGAAGCCGUCGAUUCAGAUACUUGUAUUUUAAGUACUGAAUGUGACAACGUCCCAACUUGCGGACCAAAUCAACAGUAUCAAGUUUGCGGAAGCAGAUGCCCCGAUUAUUGUGGAAAAGACCCAGAAACUUCUUGUAUUCAACUUUGUACUCGAGGAUGUUUCUGCAAACCCGGAUAUAUUGCUAGGACCAAUCCAUUAACAAGUACCUUAGAUUGCAUCUUAGAGGAUGAUUGUGUUGAGACCACCACAGCGGAAGCAAGAAAAAGGAAAAAUUAA